AUGGCCGACGCAGACGAAGACGGCAUGUUGCGACCUUCCUCCGUGGAUCCCUCCUCCAGCAUCGAUCACGACGUCUCUGACGAGACUCAAGAUUUCCGCUUUCUGAACAACGUCUCUUUGCACUUCAGCUUUUCCGAUCCUACCCAGCAAACCCUGCCGCGCCGUGGAGAAAAGGACUUUGAACCAAACCCUACCCUUCACCAAGCAGACACGCUUGCGGCAUCCCGGGAUGCUAUGCACAAUGCACUCGUCUUUCCCCGGUUGCAUAAUCCCAAGAAUAAAGUUGUGGGCAUCUUCUGUCCAGAUGGAAUCCUGGAACCCGUAGCGUCACGGCCGGAUAAAGCAUUAUCGGAAAUGGAUGCUGAGAUCGGAUUUCCAGAAGGCGAGGACGAGGGUAAUUUGAGCGCUCCAACUAAGCAGGAUGUGGACAGGCAGGUCUACCGACCCCGCGGGGCUGACCUUUGCGUGUGCGUCCCGAAUCCUCGUGGCCAAUAUUUCAGAGCAAUGGGCCAAGCAGAUCAGUUCAAUAGAAUGUGGCUGUUGCCGGAAGAAGCGUUAUACCUUUUGGAACGCGGAAGUAUGGACAUUAGAUGGCCAGUAGAAUCGUUCGAGAGCAAAAGAAUGAUUGAUGCCGCAGAUGCUAUGGAGCAAGGUGUUCCGAUGAGUUUGCAAGCAGCCUAUGCGUGCUUUAUUGGACGUGGAGGAUUGUCCAUAGAACGCUAUACCGUAUACGCGGGAUUAAAAAGAGGUGGAUAUGUCGUUAUUCGUGCAGAAGGGUGGGAAGAGAACAAUUCUGAAAUACCGGAAACCGCGGAGACUGACCAGGGAAUGGGGGAUGUAUCCACUGAACCACAGCCGGGUCUUUUAGGACGCUUAUCGCGCCUUUUCUAUUCUAUUAUCAAUUCACAAUCGGCAUGUUCUACCGCCCAUGGGCCGGUGAUAGGCUUGGGAAUUUACAGAAGUUACAACGACAUCUAUCGUGCCCUCUCGAUCAUUCCAGGCUUUAAACCGGAUAUCCCAGAUUCAGACCCGAAAAUUAUAUCGUCAAUUGCCCAUUCAACCUCGCCUUACCGCCUUGCGUUCAAUGUCUACAAGCCUUCAACCCCGUUUCGCAAAUCCCUCCCGGGCACACCAGAUUUCCGCCUUGCUGUAAUAAACGCCCGAACACAUCCCACCCUACCGUCGCUUACAGAACUCGGCUCCCUCUUAGCAAGUACACCGUUAACACCCCCGCGCGGUGAAAAAUUGGAUCGUCUAAUGUACAUGCGGCUGCGACAUGGAUGGCGGAACGUUAUCCUUGGUAUUGUUGACCAGGGAGUCGUCAGCUAUUUGAGAGUUGCGGAUGCUGGCUUCUGCAAGGAGCCGCUGUACGAGCAGAAAUUAGCAACCAUAGGCCCUGGCGGCAAAGGUGGUAGGAGGCCGCCAGGGAAGAAGGGAGGACGAUAG